AUGGUUCCUAAGGCACCAGAACGCAGCUCUUUGAAGCGAGGCCGGCCUUCGACGGGAGAAGUACAAGAUGAUCAGAAAAAGCCGCGUCGCUCAGAACGAAUAUCCUCCCAGUCGCAAUCUACGCCCUUGAAGACGAAGGGCAAGAACGGCGCGUAUUUGCCCUCGCCUCUAACCCACAAAGAGUCCACUGCAACAGAGGAUUGGAGGGAGUCAACGGCGUCACCUGUGGAAGGGCGCCCCAGCCAGAUCAAACACCGCUCACCGUUUGGCUCACCAAUACUCUACACCCAGAAUGGACUCUCUUCUCCCCCGCCGUAUGAUACUCAGGUGUUUUCACAAUUCAUCAUGCCGCCCAAGACUCUCUCGCAUGAAGUCGAAGACGAGGAGGCCGAGGGUGUAUGGGGGUAUCUCGUUCCAGUGGAUGCUGUCUUUGGCGAUACACUGGUACUGAGAAGCAGAGACGCAUGCCCAGCACCAUAUCCGAGUAAAGACUUUGGUAGGGGAUCGAAGAAGCGAGCCAAGGGGGGAUGUGCGCAGGUCAAAUAUGCCGACCAAGAAAAUCAAUACGAGGCCAAUAAGCGGGAAUUGGGAUUUCCUGCUACAGGAUAUCUCAUUGGAAGGCACCCGGAAUGCGAUCGGAUGCUCGAGCUUCCUACCAUAUCCAAUAGGCACUGUAUAGUCUUCAGCGAAAACAAAAAGGGCCAGGCAAUUGCUGUGAUUGAGGACCUGUCAAGUAACGGUACCUUCGUCAACGAAGCCAUCAUUGGCCGCAACAAGCGCCGCGAGCUCGAAGAUGCAGACGAGAUAUCUGUUCUAGAUCAAGCGCGCUUCAUGUUCUACUAUCCUCGUAAUCGGGACGGUAACGCUUUUCGCCAACAGUACCGUAUACUACAACAGCUAGGCAAGGGCCAUUUCGCGACUGUUCAUUUGUGUGUGGAGCGAAGUACUGGCAUGCAGUACGCUGUCAAGAAGUUUGAGAAACGUCGCAACGAGAGCUCGAAAUCGCAAACAGAUGGAUUAGAGCAAGAAAUUGGGGUGCUUAAGUCUGUUAGCCAUCCAAACGUACUCUGCCUAAGAGACACCUUCGACGAAGAUGAUGGAGUAUAUCUUGUACUCGAGCUGGCUCCGGAGGGCGAAUUGUUCAAUUGGAUUGUCACAAAGCAAAAGUUGACAGAAGCAGAGACAAGGAAUGUCUUCAUCCAAUUGUUUCAGGGCAUUAGGUAUCUUCACGAACGCAACAUCGUCCACAGAGACAUUAAACCCGAAAAUAUCUUGCUGGCGGACAAGCAUCUCUCUGUGAAACUAGCAGAUUUCGGACUGGCCAAAAUCAUUGGCGAGGAAUCCUUCACUACAACACUCUGUGGCACGCCGUCUUAUGUCGCCCCAGAGAUCCUUGAGAACAGCCGUCAUCGUAAAUACACUCGCGCUGUCGAUGUGUGGUCGCUUGGUGUUGUUCUGUACAUCUGCCUCUGUGGCUUUCCCCCUUUCAGCGAUGAACUUUAUUCGCCAGAGAAUCCUUACAAUCUAUCUCAACAGAUCAAGAUGGGCCGAUUUGAUUAUCCGUCACCUUAUUGGGAUAGUAUUGGUGAUCCUGCACUAGACUUGAUCGAUCGUAUGUUGACCGUCGAUGCGGAUAAACGUAUCACAAUAGAUGAAUGCCUCGAACACCCCUGGAUAGUACCAAACGGGGUAGCGACAAGCAUCAGUGAUAGCACUGAUGGCCUGACCGGCGCUAUGUCUGACCUUGAUUUCUCCAAACGCAAGCCCGAGCGAGAACGCACACUUCUAUCUGAUUUGAAUGACGUCAAAGUCAGCAAGGUAAUUCAAUGGCAAGAUACGAAGGCACCAGUAAAGGUGUAUGAAAAUCCCAAAGACAAGCGCGUAUAUAAUACGCAGCCAAACGGUACUGCACAGGUGCCGGAUCCAAUAGUCGAUGAAACGGAAGGGAAACAGAAUGAGGGUAAGGUCAGCGAAGACAAACCCGCUCGUGAAGCAAGGACAGACGUCUUUAUGAAAAUGGGUGGAAAGGGAGAUCAGCAGCUUUUCGAGAAUGGCCCUAAAAGUUGA